UGUGUCGUACGAGAGAGACUCCUCGGUGUUACAUUUCAAUCUCGUUAAUAUUAUUGCAUUUUUCGGCUAUCUCCCACGCUAACACCGUGUAUCAACGGAGUUUAGUGCGCGUGUGUCUUUACGUGUAUGAAGUUGUGUCAAAUUCAUCUUUGAUAGAACGAUAUAGCGAAUAAAGAUAUUAACAUAUAUAUAUGUUAUAUCAUACGAUCUAUCAUUCGUUCUCAUAUUUUUUCGGUCAACGAAUUUUCGGUGUAAUAUAUAUAUAUAUAGAUAUAUAUCUCUGUGUAUGUGUAUGUGUUAUAUAGUGAGACUGAUUAAGUAUACAUAACAUCAAAAAUUGUUUCAUCUCUUGCUUUCACGUUUAAUGUGUUUGUGAAAUAAUCAAAUAAUUAUACAUGUCUUCCUUGAGACACUCGUGUCGGCAAAAGGACUAAAAAGAUUCAAAAAAAAAAAAAAGAAAAGAGAUUAGUGUUGAGGUUCAGUGCAUUCGUGUGAUGCUGUUCGUAUACAUUUGGAUUAGGUGGAGAACGCUAAUCGAGAAAAAAACUAUUUAUGAUUUGCUAACUGUGUAUUAAAACAGUAUAAGGAAAAUCAAAUCCAAUUACUAUCUCAUACCAAAUAGAAAUAUAUAUAUAUAUAUAUACAUAGAUAAAAAUUAGAACAUACCAAAUAGAAAGAUUAAUAGGACCUCCACAUAUUUCACCGUUUUAUUGAGUUAUCGAUUUUACGGACACGGUGGUACCGAUGGUGUGAAGUCUUCAUCUUCUUCAUCAUCUUCAUCAUCAUCAUCUUCCUAUUCAUCUACGGACAAGGAAGAAAAGUAUUCUCUCGUUUUAAAUAAGAAGAUAGAAUUCAUUUUAUUUGGACUUUGAAUCUCGUAUUUUCUUCAUUAGAAAAAGAAUGGAUUAUUCGACGAAAGUGACUGUUAAAAGCGAACCAGAUCCAGUACAGGAACAGGAAGAGGAACAAGCUGAGAUGCAAGCAGAUGCAGCAUCACCUACUUCUAGUAUCGAUUUACCUGAAAAUACACACCCGUGUCCAGCUUGUCCGUCAAUACUUCCAACAUCUCACGACUUGACGAAUCAUCUUCGUGAACAUAAUUCACCAAGGAGUACAGAUUACGGUGGUGAAGAGGAUUACUGUUGUGCUAUAUGCCAAAAAGUCUUAAGUUCGGCAAGUUCAUUGGAUCGUCAUGUGCUAGUACAUUCUCGUGAAAGACCAUUCAAGUGUAAAUAUUGUGACAUUGCAUUUACAACCAACGGUAAUAUGAACAGACACGUUAAAAGUGCUCAUCGUGGUGAAAGAUCACCGUUACAAAGUUAUACGGAAUCUGAAAGUACCAGCAACGAUUCGGAAAAUUCACCUAGAAGACAACAAAUGGAAGAACAUAACAAUAAUGAAAUAUCAAAACGUACAUCGCCAAAUUUCAUGAUUAGAGAAAGAAUAGCAAAUAAACGUAAAUCACCGUCGUUUACCAGAGAAGAUGAUAAUCCGCGUAGACAUAAAAUAUUAUUGAACAAUUCUAGAACAGAGAUAAGACGGAUAUCUACGGAAACACAAAAAGCUUACAAUUGUCCUGUAUGUAAUAGACAAGAUUUCGCGACUAGCAGUUUAUUGGAAACACAUUUGGAACAGAAUCAUCCCGAAUUUACAGUCAAGUGUGAACAAUGUAACAUUUCAUUCAAAAAUCAUCGUGUAUUAAAUUUACAUCGACACAUGAUACACUUUUCUGACGUUGAAAUACCCGCGAAAAAUUCAAACAACGAGUGUGUAGUUGGCUUUCAAGAUUUAACAUUUGUUGAUUUUACAUCGGCUAAAUUCCCAACUAUUGCUAGGGCUGUGUGCGAGCAAGAGAUACACCGACCAGCAUCCGGGGAAGGUACCAACUUCCAAUGCAGCAAAUGUUCAAGAGCAUUUCCCUGUUUCAAGUCAAUGAAAGAACAUCAAAAUGAAUGUGGUAAGUGUAGGCCAAGUUUGCAAUGUAGUCCGAUAGAUAACGGGGAAUCCCAGAGGGAUGAUUUUUUCGCGGGACUCGAAUUGCACAAUAAAGCUGCAUUAAACGAGGCCAAAGAUGGAAAGGAUUUAGCAGAUAUUGAAAGCAUUUUGUCGGUUACUUCCGGUCCAAUUUUACAAAAUUUUCCCCGUUCGGAUGCUAGUACACCUGAAAAUAAUAUUAAAUUUAAUUCGAGCGUUGGUUCUUCUUCUGGUUCAUCAGGAACGAUGUCGUCGGAGUAUCACGAGGAAGAGGCACAGGAUUUAUUUGCUGCCGAAUUUAGGAAGAUGAAAUUAAAAGGAGAAUUCCCAUGUAGAUUGUGCACAUCGAUAUUUCCUAAUUUGAGGGCAUUGAAAGGACAUAAUCGUGCUCAUAUGGGUGUAGGACCAGGAGUACCAUAUCCAUGCAACAUGUGUCCAUAUACCAGCACGGAUAAGGCAACACUUGUAAGACAUUUAAGAUCUCACAACGGUGAUCGGCCAUACGAAUGUUCCCUCUGCAAUUACGCUUUUACCACUAAAGCUAAUUGCGAGAGGCAUGUCAGAAAUCGUCAUGGUAAAUUAACCAGAGAAGAUAUCAAAAGUGUUUUGAUUUAUCAUCCGAACGAAGACUCGACCAAUGAUAAUAUUGGUACUUCUCCUAGAAUGAUGAAAGAUGAGACGAGAAAAAGUUUGAUCUAUCCGAAUGACAGAGAAGAUUCUAUACAUCAACAACAACAAUUGCAACAACAACAGCAACGUUAUCUGUCAAUGCCGGUUGAUACCAAAGGUGACAUUAGAGUAAUAGAAGAAGCUAAAUUACCUAGCACCGAAUUGGCAUCUUCUAUUCGCAAUAUGAUAGUUAAUCAUUGCGAAAGUAAUAAUGAUAAUUACGUUAGAUCAAACAUAACAGGUUCCGGUAUUAUUUCAAGAACCAUGGAAGAAACUACUACGUCUCAAGAUCAAAGUGGAAGGAUUGAUGAUGAUUUUGAAUCAAGAUCAUCCAAUGAAAGUAUUCCUCUAGUCAUUAAUAACGAAACAGAUAUGCACCAAAGAAUCCAAGCUAGUCCGAUGAAUUUGAAGAAAAUGUCUAACACGUCUAAUGCGGUCAAUUCAAAUCAGGAUGGACCAUUGGAUCUUUCAAUGGACGUUUUAGAUUUGAGUAAGAAAGCUAAGGAAAGAAACGGUGCUGCUGGAUCAUUAAGAUCCAACGAAUAUCCUAAUAACGAUCAUAGAGAAUUUUACGAUUCUACAAAUCAAUUAUUGCUUACUCAAGCUUUGUUACGAGCAAGCCAAGGUACCUCACCGGUUACUUCGCCAGGUAUCUCUCAAGGAAAUUCACAAACGAAUACUUUGCAAAAUUUUUAUGCCAGUGCUCAAAUGAUUUAUCGCAAUUUGGGAACAAUUUCUAAUGGCGUUAACACCGGACUUUUAUCACCAUAUUUAUUUAAUUCGCGUUUUUUUGGACAAGAUUUAAACAUCAGUGACAGAAUUCACAGCGAAUUUUCUAGGGGUUUGCAAUUAACCAGCGGUGGUACUUUGGUUGAUCCAUCGGGAAAUUCAAAUUUUAGCGGAUUUCCACAAACCAACGAUGCCCCACCAUCGCAAAUUGUAACCGAUCAAAAUGAUUACAGCAAUUUGCUUAAUACAAAGAUGACCAAUAAGACGAUAUCACCACGUGAAAAGGUUGACAAUAAUUCGGCUUCUACGAAUUCGGUUAAAAUGAUCAUCAAGAAUGGCGUGUUAAUGCCUAAACAAAAACAACGAAGAUAUCGUACUGAACGACCAUUCUCUUGCGGACAUUGUACAGCUAAAUUUACUUUACGAAGUAACAUGGAAAGACAUAUUAAACAACAGCAUCCUGAAUUUUGGAGUCAACGACCACGCGGUGGUCAUUCAACGAGAGGUAGACCACCAUCGAAUCAUAAUAAUAUAUUGAAAAAUUCUGGACACUCUAAUUCACAAUCUUUGUCUCAAUCUUAUUCCAACAUAUUACCCAAAAGUGAACCAUCAACAACGACGAUAGAAACAACUGGUAGACAUUCGAUUUCAGAUCAAGUGAAAUAUGCUAUUUUGGCUCAACAAUUGAAAGCCAAUAAAAUGGACGAUAAUGAUACCGAUGAAGAAUUAAUCAUUGAUGAAGAUCCCGUUGAUAAAGAGGUGCAAGAAUCUCGUGAACAACGUUCAACGAGUUUGUUGAGAGGACAAUUAGAAGGUAACGAAUCUAGCAAAGAUGUCGUAAUGAAGGAAGAAAUAUUAGACAGAAAUUCAACUGAUCUAUUUAAUAACGAACAAUCUAAGGAACAUAACAAUACCAAUGAAAAUGGCCAAAGUUCUAGCAACGAACACAAUGAAAAAAUAGAAGAAACCUCUAUGGAUGCUAAUUCAAGACAAACCUUUAAAAUGGAUCAUAGCAAUGAUACUACCAUUCAAGACAGACAAGAGGAUAAUACUGCUGAUCUUGCUAGUGUUUCAGAAUUAUUGGACAACGCUUCUCAUCAAUAUCAACAUUUUCAAUCUCAAUAUUUGAGCGACGAAGAAGGUUUAGUCGCAUCUAACAGCGAUUUCAAUAAUUCCGGUAGCGAUGAUAAAUCCGAUUCAGUUAAUUCCGGAAAUUUUAACAACGCUUCAUCAAAACAGAAGAAGAAGAAAAAAAAGAAGAAGAAGAAAUCGGCUUAUUCGUUAGCACCUAACAGAGUAAUAUGUCCUUAUUGCGAACGACCAUUCCCAUGGAGUUCAUCCCUAAGAAGACACAUCCUUACACAUACUGGACAAAAACCAUUUAAAUGCGUAUACUGUUCACUUUGGUUUACAACCAAAUCUAAUUGCGAUAGACACCUAUUGAGAAAGCACAAAACUAAUCCCUAUAAAGUAAGAAGAGCUAGAACUUCAUCAUCACCUGAAGUUAUUCAUUUGAAUAAUGCAUUUUCUAUGAGAAAUGUUCCCGAAAGACCAUACAAAUGUAAUCAAUGUCCAAGUUCAACGUUCUCAACUUUGGGAAAUUUGAAGAAACAUCUUUCGGCCAAACAUUCGCGUAAAAAUAAAUCGAGAUCAGUUUCAUCGUCUACCGAGACACAAAAUAGUCCUUUACCGUCAUCCAAACAACAAAACAAUGAUCUUAGCGAUUACGAGAGUAGAUCAUCAAGCGUAUCGGAUAAUACGGAUCAACAACAACAACAACAACAGCAGCAACAGCAGCAACAGCAACAGCAACAGACAUCACCGUCCGAAACUCAGAAACAAAAUUCCAAUAAUUCAACAACAUCUUUGUCCAAUAACGAAUUACCAAGAUCACGAAGAACUUCACCAAGAUCAUCACCAGGUCCUAAUGAUGUACCAUUCAAGUGUCAUCUUUGUGAUUGCGGAUUUGCCGAUCGUAACGAUUGUUUAGAACACAUCAAGAUCAAUCAUAAUGAAUCUUAUGAGAUGCUAGUAGCAAAAGGUGCUAUGGAUAUGGACAUUGAUGGGUUGGAAGAUCAUCAAGUACAACAACCACCUCCUCAACAACAACAUCCUAGCGAUGGGGAGGAAAGAAAAGGACGAUAUCCAGAUUACAGUAACAGAAAAGUAGUCUGUGCUUUUUGUAUGAGACGAUUUUGGUCAGCCGAAGAUCUACGUCGUCACAUGAGAACACAUACAGGAGAAAGACCAUUCUCAUGUGACAUUUGUCUUCGUAGAUUUACAUUGAAACACAGUAUGCUGCGUCAUCGUAAAAAACACGAAUCUGUCGAUUCAACGAUGUACGUUUGUACCAGCGGUGACGAGGAAAAUUCACCAACACAACCGCCAACGAUUACACCACGCACGCAGAAACAACCACCAAUUUUAAUGGCCACCAAUAUAAAUAAUUCAAGAAUUCAAGAUAGAAUUUCAUCGUCUGUUGCUACCGGUGAUGCUGCACCUGGCGGUGGUUUUAUGAGAUACAAUAGUUAUGAAAAAUUAACAACAUUUGCCGGAAAACUUACCGCCGCCAAUAACACACAAAUUCAUAAUAAUACAAUUAACAAUGAUUCAAACGAAAAUACAGAUAACGAUUUGAUCUCAAAUCUAUUAGGAAUACCCGACAAAAGUUUCAUUGAUAAAGUGCUACAAGCAUCACCGGACGAUGCUGCUAAAUUGUUAGGCGUACAACGUAGCCAAGAAUGAAACAAAAAUAAAAAACAAAAAAA